GCUAGUAUAAGAAAGAGAAGCCCUCGUCUUUGAGGUCACUGAAUGAAACCUCGACAUCUCAAGUUACACAACCAUCAACCAUGAAGGACCUUACAACAGAGAACAUCACCGAAAACGUUCACGCCAUCAACAGCCAAUGUCAAAAUCCCCGGACCAGAUACAUCUUCGAACGUCUGGUAUCUCAUCUCCAUGAUUUUGCAAGAGAGACACGACUGUCGACCGAUGAAUGGAUGACUGGACUGGACUUCUUGACGGACGUUGGCACAAUCAGCACUGAUCUGAGGAGAGAAAUGAUUCUACUAUCAGACACACUUGGACUGAGUGCUCUGGUAGAUUCAAUUGACCACCCUCGCACCGGAAAAUCAACCGAGGGAACAGUGCUUGGUCCGUUCCACACGCAUGAUGCAAAGGAAGUUGAAAAUGGCUACGCUAUACACAAAGACCCUGACGGAACGCCACUCCUGGUUCUCUGCACUGUCAAAGAUACCGAAGGCAAUCCGCUUGGGGGUGUGCAGAUUGAUGUGUGGGAAGGCGAUUCGCAUGGAAACUACGAUGUCCAGUAUCCGGAACGAGACGGACCGGACGGUAGGGGCAUCUUGUUCUCAGAACAGGACGGAACUUUCUGGUUCAAGGCUGUGAAGCCUGUGUCGUAUCCUAUCCCCAUGGAUGGGCCUGUGUUCAAUAUGCUUCAGAUGUUGGGCAGACAUCCAAAUCGUCCUGGUCAUGUUCACUUCCUAUUGAGGAAGGACUCUUUUGACCCCUUGAUCACUGCUUUGUAUCCUCGCGGUGAUCCGUAUGAAUCUUCUGACCCUGUAUUCGGCGUCAAGGAAUCUCUAAUUGUGGAUCUCUCGGAGGUGACUGAUCCGGAGAUGGCGAAGAAGUACGACGUCAAGGAGGGAACAUCACUUCUGACUUACGACUUCGUAUUGGUCUCGACAAGGGAAACACUCAAGCUUCGUAAAGAGAAGGCCGAAGAGGCCAUAAAGAAAAUGGGAAGAAGCAUGGAGGAUUUCCAAGGCUUACCCAUCCUAGAUGUCGACUGAUCUCGGGCAGACUGUACAACAAAUUAGUAUCCCGUCAAUUAGCCUGUCUGACCUCAAUCGAGAAGGC